AAGGAUGAGAAUGAGAAGAAGGAUGGGGAAAAGAAAGAGAAGGAGGAGAGAGAGAGAAAGAAGAAUGAGAAGAAGAAAGGAAAGAAGAAGGAUGAGGAGGAGGAGGAGGAGGAGGAGGAGGAGGAGAAAAACAGGAAGAAGAACAAGAAUGAGAAGGGUAAGGAGAAGGAGGGGCAAAAGAAGGAGAAAAACGAGACGGAGGAGAAGGAGAAUAAUAAUGCGGAGAAGGAAAAUAGGAAUAAGCUAGAAGAGAAGAAGGAGAACAAGAAGAAGGAUGAGGAGGAGAAUGAGACAGAGGAGGGGAAGAACGAGAAGAAGGAUAAGGAGACGGAGAAUAAGAAUGAGGAGAAUAAGAAUGAGGAGAAGGAGAAUAUGAAUGAGGAGAAGGAGAAUAAGAAGGAUGAGGAGGAGAAGGAGGAGGAGGGGAACGAGGUCGAGAAUGAAGAGAAAGAGAACGAGAAGGAGGAGGAGGAGGAGGAAAAAACAGGAAGAAGAACAAGAAUGAGAAGGGAGGAGAAGGAGAAUAAGAAUGUGGAGAAGGAAAAUAAGAAUAAGCUGGAAGAGAAGAAGGAGAACAAGAAGAAGGAUGAGGAGGAGAAUGAGAAAGAGGAGGGGAAGAACGAGAAGAAGGAUAAGGAGAAGGAGAAUAAGAAUGAGGAGAAUAAGAAUGAGGAGAAGGAGAAUAAGAAUGAGGAGAAGGAGAAUAAGAAGGAUGAGGAGGAGAAGGAGGAGGAGGGGAACAAGGCCGUAAAUGAAGAGAAAGAGAACGAGAAGGAGGAGGAGGAGGAGGAGAAAAAUAGGAAGAAGAAUAAGAAUGAGAAGGGUAAGGAGAAGGAGGGGCAAAAGAAGGAGAAAAACGAGAAGGGGGAGAAGGGGAAUAAGAAUGCAGAGAAGGAAAAUAAGAAUAAGCUGGAAGAGAAGAAGGAGAACAAGAAGAAGGAUAAGGAGGAGAACGAGAAGGAGGAAGAGAAUGAGGAGUAUAAGAAUGAGGAGAAGGAGAAUAAGAAGGAUGAGGAGGAGAAGGAGGAGGAGGGGAACGAGGCCGAGAAUGAUGAGAAAGAGAACAAGAAGGAGGAGGAGGAGGAGAAAAACAGGAAAACCGAGAAGGAAGAGAAGAAGGAGAACAAGAAGGAGGAGGAGAAGACUGAGAAGGAGAAGGGGGAGAAUGAGGAGGAGGAGAAGGAGAAUGAGAAGGAGGAGAAGGAGAAUGAGAAGGACGAGGAGAAGAACGAGAAGAAGAACGAGAAUGAAAAGGAGGAGAAGGAGAAGGCAAUGGAGGGGGAAAAGAAGGGGGAUCAGGAGGAGAAGGAGAAAAAGGAGAAGGAGAAGACAGAUGAGGAAGAGAACGAGACCAAGAAGGAAGAGAAGAAGGAGAAGGAGAAGGGGGAGGAGGAGAAGACUGAGAAGGAGAAGAAGGAGAAGGAGAAUGAGAAGGACGAGGAGAAGAACGAGAAGAAGAAGGCGAAAGAAAAGGAGGAGAAGGAUAAAGCAAUGGAGGGGGAAAAGAAGGGGGAUCAGGAUGAAAAGGAGAAGAAGGAGAAGGAGAAGACAGAUUUACAUUAUUUUUGGGAAAUGAUGCUUCACAAUACAAACUUUUUGAUUUCUGAACCAUUUUUAAGGAGCAAUUUAAGUGUGUUAGUCCGGUUUCUUCCGUCUGACAAAAGUCUGAGAGACAGUUUGUGUCGCAAAUACCAAAACUAA